AUGACCAUCCAUCUGUACGCGGAGCAUCUCGUCAACAUCCGCACUCUAUCCCUACAAGCCUCGCUGUCUACGAUCUCCAGUCACCAGACCAAGGCGACACUCUCCGCAGAUGGCAACACACUGACGCUGUCUCAUGAAGGCGAGGUCGCGAGCAUCAAACUGCCUAUUCAAGUACCAGGCGGACACAAUGACGCUACGUUGACCAUACCUGCAGCGCCAACGAAAGACCUGAGCUUCCGCGUCUCGCUCCAGGAGAAGUCGGGUGCGGAUGGUCUGCUAACAAACGGCGCUCAUGAAGACACCCAUGUAAUUCCCUGGACAGCCACCGCCCUGACUCCAGAAACCGAAAUAGCUUGCAAGUCUUGCAAUGCGAUCAUCAUACGCCGCGGUCGGGUCAAAAUAUGGAAAGACUUGCCAUCGGAGAAUUGGGCUGAGAUGAUGGACUUUUGGCAUUGCCAUCGACCUCACGUGCCUCACGACCAUGGCAAAGAACCGCCGCAGAAGGGCUACUCUGCUGACAGCAGACUUGCUCUCAAGUCUGGAGUCGGCAUGGUGGAUCCUGUCGACUUUGUGUUGGCAGCUGAGGACUGCGAGAACAUCACGACAUCCACAUCCUAUGGUGAGGAUGAAGCUCUCCAAUGUUCGUCUUGUCAUCACCUCCUUGGUCAAAUGCACACCUCAAGCGGUGGUCACAAACUGCGCAAGGCGCAUCUAUCUCUAUCACGAAAAGCACAGUCGCCAUUCGUAUCUUACGGCGCCGAAAAGUGGCUUUCGUGCCAUUUGCUUUCUUCCAUCGACAGUCAAGGCGUUCGCAAAUUCACCAUAACAAGCACCAGUCCCGACGACACCGCGUUGAAAAUCUGGAUCUUCACUCCAGACAUCAACGUCUCCUCCUCGGAAGCCAAAGACGACGGACCCAUGCGCGCUAUCAAGAUCCUCUGGCUGGAGAGCACAGUCUCGCCCGAAGCAUCUGGCUCCCUCAAUCGACAAGCUCUGUCCGAAGGAGAGCUGGAACUUCCUCCUAGCGAAAUGGAGCUGCUGCGUAGAACUCUCCUUCAAAGCGCCAAGCUCCUCCCAGACAGCGCGAAGAAGUUCCAAUCUUGGAACGUCGCACUGUUGUCUCGCUUCAAGAGCGAUGAGGUCGAAUCGGUCUCGACUGCUGCUUCAAGUCCACCAGUCGUACUGGAAGAGGUUCCGGACUUUCAGAACAUGGAGAUCUUGUCGGCUCUCACAACAUGA